AUGGAGCUCAACGGUCACGUCCGACCAAAACGCAAAGGGAGCCCAAACACCAUACACGAUCGACCUACGAAGCUCUUCAAGCCUGAAUCCUCAGAAAUGUUAAAUACGAACGGAUCGCCAAGCGAUAGUCAGUACAUGUAUGGUAGCGACAGUAUCGCGGACGGCACAGUGGAGCCUGUGACAGCGACGGCCGAUACGGCGGAAUGGCAGGCUACCAUCGAAGCGGUCGUCAAGAACGUUGUCUCUAUACAUUUCUGCCAGACUUGCUCAUUUGACACGAGCUCGGCGCUAGCUAGUGAAGCUACUGGCUUUGUCGUAGAUGCUGCGAAAGGGUACAUCUUGACGAAUCGUCACGUGGUUGGAUCUGGACCCUUUUGGGGCUAUUGUAUUUUUGACAAUCAUGAAGAGUGCGACGUCUACCCUGUCUACCGUGACCCUGUCCACGAUUUUGGUAUCCUUCGCUUCGACCCAAACAAAAUCAAAUACAUGCCCCUUUCAGAGCUAGUCCUACGUCCAGACCUCGCAAAAGUUGGGUCGGAGAUAAGAGUAGUCGGUAAUGAUGCAGGCGAAAAGCUCAGUAUCCUGUCCGGUGUCAUCAGUAGGCUGGACAGAAAUGCGCCGGAGUACGGCGAGGGAUACAGCGACUUCAAUACCAACUAUAUCCAAGCUGCUGCCGCGGCUAGCGGGGGAAGCUCUGGAAGCCCCGUCGUUAAUUUGGAUGGAUACGCUGUUGCGUUACAAGCUGGAGGAAGGUCUGAUGGUGCCUCGACAGAUUACUUCCUGCCACUGGAUCGACCUUCAAGAGCAUUGGAGUGCAUACGGAGAGGGCUACCUAUAGCGCGUGGGACGAUACAGACUCAGUGGAUAAUCAAGCCUUUUGAUGAGUGCCGUAGAUUAGGUCUCACAGCAGAGCAUGAAGCUGCCAUAAGGAAAGGGUUUCCUAAAGAGACUGGUUUGCUAGUUGCAGAGAUCGUCCUUCCCCAAGGCCCAGCGGACAAGCAGCUUGAGGAGGGUGAUGUACUCAUCAAGGUCAAUGGAGAAAUCCUAACCCAAUUCGUUCGACUGGAUGACAUACUAGAUUCAAGCGUUGGCAAGAAGGUCAAGAUCCUGGUCCAAAGAGGUGGUCAAGAUGUUGAGGUUGAACUAGAAGUGGGAGACUUGCAUGCUAUCACACCAGACAGAUUCGUCACCGUUGCCGGAGCCUCCUUUCACGAUUUGUCCUACCAGCAAGCUCGCCUGUACGCCAUUCCAGUAAAAGGAGUCUACGUCUGCGAAGCUGCUGGAUCCUUUAGAUUUGACAGCACAGAAUCAGGUUGGAUCAUUGAAUCGAUUGAUCAGAAGAAAACGCCGGACCUAAAGGCGUUUAUCGAUGUCAUGAAAGGCAUUCCCGACAGAGCACGCGUGGUCGUCACCUACAAGCAUCUGAGCGAUCUUCAUACCCUAAAUACUAGUAUCAUCUUGAUAGACCGACAUUGGGCGAGCAAGAUGAGGAUGGCAAUUCGUAACGACAAUACUGGAAUCUGGGACUUUAGCGAUCUUGGAGAACCACUACCAGCAGCGCCUGCGCAGCGACGAAAGGCAGACUUUGUUACCCUUGACUCCGUUGGGCAUCCAGCAGCGGCAGAUAUCAUCAGAAGCUUUGUCCGAGUCUCCUGCACAAUGCCACUGAAACUCGAUGGAUUCCCAAGAACACGCAAGAUCGGCUUCGGAGUGGUUAUUAACGCCGAGAAAGGCCUGGUCUUGGUCUCGAGGGCUGUUGUCCCCUACGACCUGUGCGAUCUGUCCCUUACAGUGGCCGAUUCCAUCAUCGUGGAUGCCAAAGUCCGCUUUUUGCAUCCUUUGGCCAACUACGCUAUCAUACAAUACGAUCCGUCAUUAGUGGAUGCUCCAGUCAAGAGCGCGAAACUUGCUACCGAACCUAUCAAGCAGGGUGCUUCCACAAUAUUCUUUGGCUGGAACCAGAAUCUGCGGGUGGCGAUGACUUCUACCACCGUAACGGACAUCACCACUGUUGCAAUACCAUCUAAUCUAUCUGCACCUCGCUAUCGUGCGAUCAAUCUUGAUGCCAUUACCGUCGAUACUAGUCUCAGCGGCCAGUGCGCGAGUGGUGUCCUCGUAGCUGAAGAUGGCACAGUGGAAGCUCUUUGGCUUAGCUAUCUCGGCGAGCGUACCGCACACACUUCCAAGGACGUCGAAUACCACUUAGGCCUUGCCACUCCAACACUCCUUCCUGUCACCGACCAGAUUCAAAAGGACAUCACCCCGAGCCUUCGCAUCCUCAACGUUGAAACCAAUACCAUCUCCAUGUCACAAGUCCGCAUCAUGGGUGUCUCUGAGUCUUGGAUUACCAAAGUUGCCGAAGCUAAUUCCUCACGUCACCAACUCUUCAUGGUCCGCAAAAUCGACUGUGCACCUCCAUCAGGCCACGACUCUCAGUCUCUCCAGGAGGGCGACAUCAUACUCACACUGAAUGGCAAAUUAAUAACACGAGUCUCCGAGCUCGACAUAAUGUACGACAACGAAUAUCUCGAUGCACUAAUAGUGCGUGGCGGCCAAGAAAUGACUCUCAAGGUCCCGACCAUUCCUACCGAAGAUCUCGAGACCGACCGAGCUGUCAUCUUCUGCGGUGCCGUACUGCAUCGGCCCCAUCAUGCCGUAAGGCAGCAGAUCAGCAAGCUCCAUAGCGAAGUUUACGUCUCGGCCCGCACCCGUGGCUCACCAUCCUACCAAUAUGGCCUGGCGCCUACAAAUUUCAUCACCGCCGUCAACGAUAUCCCUACCCCGACACUCACCCAAUUCCUCGAUGCUGUGAACAAGAUACCAGACAAUACAUAUUUCCGUCUCAGGGUAUGUACUUUCGAUAACGUACCAUGGGUGGCUACGAUGAAGAAAAACGAGCAUUAUUUCCCAACCGUGGAGUAUGUGAAAGACUCGAGGGAACCGAAUGGCUGGAGGGUCAGGAGCUGGGGAGAGAAGGGAGGCGUUCAGGACGCUGCAGGGGGAAUAAUGGAUGAGGGAACAGCGGCAGGGGAUGAUAAUGGAGGCGCAGACGUUGAUGUUGAGGGUUAG